UGGCCAAAGUAUUGGAGCCUCAGCUUCACGAUCUGUCUUUCCAGUGAGCGCUCAGGGCUGAUUUCCUUCAGAAUGGAUAGGUUUGAUCUUCUAGCAGUCCAUGGGACUCUCAAGAGUCUCCUCCAGCACUAUAAUUCAAAAGCAUCAAUCCUUCGGCGAUCAGCCUUCUUUAUGGUCCAGCUCUCACUUCCAUACAUCACUACUGGGGAAACCAUAGCUUUAACUAUACGGACCUUUGUUGGCAAGGUAAUGCCUCUGUUUUUUAAGAUGCUGUCUAUGAUUCUAUGAUUCAAUGGCCUUCCUCAGUAGAAUGCAGCCUCUUGUGCUCUACAGGUAAACCUAUUGGCUGUGUGGGUGGGGUGGAGCUCACUCAGCCAAGGGCCACCUCUCUCCAAGGAAGGAGGUGCUGAAUAUAAAUGGCAUGGUCAGUCUGGAGAGAUGCAUCAGCUGCACUGACCAAGAUUGCCAGCAUGCAUAAAAUCAUCAGGCGGCUGCGGAAAGGAGUCAAGAAGUAUACGAGAGUUUGGAUUCCUGACCAGGAGGAAGUCUGGAAAUCAGCAGAAAUCAUCAAAGAUUACAAGGAGGGGGAUAAAACUCUGCACUUGAAACUCGAAGAUGAAACGAUUCUGGCAUAUCCUAUUGAUGCUAAAGCCAACAAGCUUCCCUUCUUGCGAAAUCCAGAUAUUUUGGUUGGAGAAAACGACCUAACAGCUUUAAGUUACCUCCACGAACCUGCGGUCUUGCACAACUUAAAAGUCCGAUUCUUGGAAUCAAACCACAUCUAUACCUACUGUGGUAUUGUGCUCGUUGCCAUCAAUCCCUACGAACAGUUGCCAAUCUAUGGACAAGAUGUCAUCUAUGCAUACAGCGGCCAAAACAUGGGGGACAUGGAUCCUCACAUAUUUGCAGUUGCAGAAGAAGCAUAUAAACAAAUGGCCAGGGAUGAGAAGAACCAGUCCAUUAUUGUUAGCGGGGAGUCUGGUGCCGGCAAAACCGUCUCUGCCAAAUAUGCCAUGCGCUACUUCGCAUCCGUAGGAGGCUCCUCCAGUGAAACCAAUAUUGAAGAGAAAGUUCUGGCUUCCAGUCCUAUCAUGGAGGCGAUCGGCAAUGCGAAAACAACUCGAAAUGACAACAGCAGUCGCUUUGGGAAAUACAUUCAGAUUGGCUUUGACAAAAGAUACCAUAUCAUCGGCGCCAACAUGAGGACAUACCUACUGGAGAAAUCGAGAGUCGUAUUCCAGGCAGAUGAUGAGAGAAAUUAUCACAUCUUCUAUCAGCUAUGUGCCUCUGCCAGUCUUCCAGAAUUUAAAGAACUCUCCCUAAUGUCUGCCGAAAACUUUUUGUACACCUGUUUGGGAGGAGACACAUCCAUCGAAGGCGUGGACGACGCAGACGACUUUGAGAAAACCAGGCAUGCAUUCACUCUGCUUGGUGUGAAGGAUUCCCAUCAGUUGGCCAUUUUUAAAAUACUUGCUGCUAUCCUGCACUUAGGAAAUGUGGACCUUCAGUCAGAACGUGAUGGAGAGUCCUCCAGUAUAUCAAAACAGGAUGAACACCUGCAUAAUUUUUGCAGAUUGCUGGGAGUAGAGCACAGCCAAAUGGAGCACUGGCUCUGCCAUCGGAAGCUGGUCACCACUUCGGAGACCUAUAUCAAGAACAUGUCUGUCCAGCAGGUUGUGAACGCCAGGAAUGCGCUGGCCAAGCACAUUUAUGCCCAGCUGUUCAACUGGAUUGUGCAGCACAUCAACAAGGCCCUGCACACCACGGUCAAGCAGCAUUCGUUUAUCGGGGUGCUGGACAUUUACGGGUUUGAGACUUUCGAAGUGAACAGCUUUGAACAAUUUUGCAUCAACUAUGCCAAUGAAAAGCUCCAGCAGCAGUUCAACUCGCAUGUGUUUAAACUGGAGCAGGAGGAAUACAUGAAGGAGCAGAUCCCUUGGACACUUAUAGAUUUUUACGACAACCAGCCAUGCAUAGACCUUAUUGAAGCCAAGCUGGGUAUCUUGGACUUGCUGGAUGAAGAAUGCAAGGUCCCUAAGGGAACAGAUCAGAACUGGGCUCAGAAGCUGUACGAUCGCCACGGCAGCAGCCAGCACUUCCAGAAACCUCGCAUGUCAAACAUCUCCUUUAUAGUUGUGCACUUUGCAGAUAAGGUGGAGUACCAGUGUGAUGGAUUUCUGGAGAAAAACAGAGACACUGUACAUGAAGAACAGAUCAAUAUACUGAAGGCCAGCAAGUACCCGAUGGUAGCCGACUUGUUUCAUGAUGGGAAAGACUCCGCGCCAGCUGCUGCGACUGGAAAAGGAGCUUCCUCGAAAAUCAGUAUCCGCUCUGCCCGUCCACCUGUGAAAGCAGCCAAUAAAGAGCACAAGAAAACAGUCGGGCAUCAGUUCCGUAACUCCUUACAUUUGCUUAUGGAGACCCUGAAUGCCACUACUCCCCAUUAUGUACGCUGCAUCAAGCCUAAUGAUGAGAAGCUUCCUUUCAGCUUUGAUCCAAAAAGAGCAGUCCAGCAGUUGAGAGCCUGUGGCGUCUUGGAGACCAUCCGCAUCAGCGCAGCUGGUUACCCAUCCAGGUGGACCUACCAUGACUUCUUCAAUAGGUAUCGAAUUCUUAUGAAAAAGAAGGACACCUCAAAAAAGGAGGACAGGAAAGUAAUUUGCAAGAUGCUGCUGGAAAGCUUAAUUAAGGAUCCUGACAAGUUCCAGUUUGGGCGGACCAAGAUCUUUUUCCGGGCGGGCCAGGUGGCGUACCUGGAGAAACUACGGGCGGAUAAGUUCCGUGCCGCUACCAUCAUGAUACAGAAGACGGUGCGUGGCUGGCUGCAGAAAGCAAAAUAUCGGAAGAUGAAAAAGGCAGCCCUUGAAAUCCAGAGGUAUACCAGAGGACACCUGGCACGCAGACUGGCUGACCGUCUUAGGAAGACGAGAGCGGCCAUUGUUUUACAGAAACAAUAUCGGAUGUUGAGGAUCCGCCGGGCCUACCAAGCAAUCCACAGGGCUGCCAUCACAAUCCAAGCCUUCACCCGAGGAAUGUUUGUCAGAAAGACCUAUCGAAAGAUGCUCAUGGAGCACAAAGCUACCAUCAUCCAGAAGCAUGCCCGAGCCUGGCUAACUCGGAGGCAUUUUGUCAGGUUCAGAAGUGCAGCUGUAGUUAUCCAAUGCUACUUCAGGCGCAUGAAGGCCAAGCAAGAGCUGAAGGCCCUGAAGAUAGAGGCGAGGUCAGCAGAGCACUUGAAGAGGCUCAAUAUUGGCAUGGAGAACAAGGUGGUUCAGCUGCAGAGGAAGAUAGAUGAACAGAACAAAGAAUACAAGCUCCUGAAUGAACAGUUCUCCACAGCUGCCACUUCUCAUUCCACCGAGAUAGAGAAGCUGAAGAAGGAACUGCAACGAUAUCAGCGGAAGAAGGGAGAUGCCAACCAGCUUGCAAGCUUGCAAGAAGAGAUUGACUCUCUCCGGCUGGCCCUGGAGAAGGCUCACGGGGAAAGAAAGAUAGUAGAAGACACCUACACAAAGGAGAAAGAUGUGCUCCGAAAGCGGAUAACGGACUUGGAAGAGGAGAAUGCACUGCUGAAGCAGGAAAAAGAGGAGCUGAACAACAAAAUUCUGUGUCAGUCGGAAGAUGAGUUUGCACAAAAUGCUGCUGAGGAAAAUCUGCUGACAAAGAAGGAGCUGGAAGAGGAGAGAGUUCGCUAUCAGAAUCUCGUGCAGGAGUAUUCAAGGCUGGAGCAGAGAUAUGACAACUUAAGGGAUGAAAUGGCUAUCAUAAAGCAGACCCCAGGACACAGAAGAAAUCCAUCGAACCAAAGCAGCCUGGAAUCAGACUCCAAUUACCCGUCAAUUUCUACAUCUGAGGUUGGGGAUACUGAGGAUGCAAUCCAGCAAGUGGAGGAGGUUGGCAUGGAGAAGGCAGCCAUGGACAUGACCCUCUUCCUAAAGCUUCAGAAGAGAGUGCGGGAACUGGAACAGGAGAGGAAGAAGCUGCAAAGCCAACUGGAGAAGAGAGAAAAUGAAAGCAAAAAACCCCAGGUAAUUGAAAUGAAGAACGAAAUGGAUUUGGACCGCGAUACGGAUCUAGCGUACAACAGUCUGAAGAGGCAAGAGUUAGAAUCUGAGAACAAGAAACUGAAAAAUGACCUUAACGAGCUGAGGAAAGCUAUAGUGGAUCGGGUGGCCCAGAACAACUCUUCCAACGAUCUCCACGACAGUUACAGCCUCCUCCUGAAUCAGCUCAAGUCUGCUAAUGAAGAGCUGGAAGUGCGGAAGGAAGAAGUGCUUAUUCUAAGGACACAGAUUAUAAAGGCAGCCCAGCAAAAAGAUGCAGGCAGAAAUAUGGAGUCAAACAGCAACAUGCAAACCAGCUGGCCCAAUAGUGACAAGCAUGUGGAUCCAGAAGAUGCCAUAGAGGCCUAUCAUGGAGUGUGUCAGACAAACCGCAAGACUGAGGACUGGGGGUAUCUGAAUGAAGAUGGAGAACUCGGCUUGGCCUAUCAGGGUCUAAAGCAAGUUGCCAGGCUCCUUGAGGCCCAGCUCCAGGAUCAGAGGAAAGAGCAUGAAGAGGAAGUAGAAACUCUGAAGGAGCAAAUGGGGACCUUGAGAGAAGAGAUGGAGAAACAGCAGGAGGUCUUCUUCCAGACGCUGCAGCUGUCGCCAGAAGCCCAAGUGGAGUUUGGAAUCCAGCAAGAAAUCAUGCGGCUGACCAGCGAAAACCUGGAUCUCAAAGAGCUGCUAGAAAAACUAAAGAAGAAUGAAAGCAAGCUGAAAAAGCAACUCAAGAUUUACAUGAAGAAAGUCCAAGAUUAUGAAGCCGAUCAAGUUGUCGUGCAGACUGAAAAGCGGCAGCAUGAACUCAACAGACAGGUCACUGUCCAAAGAAAAGAGAAAGAUUUCCAGGGAAUGCUGGAGUAUUGCAAAGAAGAUGAGCCGCUACUUGUGAAAAAUCUCAUUACAGAUCUGAAGCCCCAAAUGGUCUCUGCCACGGUGCCCUGUCUUCCUGCCUACAUCCUUUACAUGUGCAUCAGGCAUGCAGAUUAUAGUAACGAUGAUCAUAAAGUGCACUCCUUGCUCACCUCUACCAUCAAUGGCAUUAAAAAAGUAUUAAAGAAACAUCAUGACGACUUUGAGAUGACGUCGUUUUGGCUGGCUAACACCUGCCGCCUUCUACAUUGCCUGAAGCAAUACAGUGGGGAUACGGGUUUUAUGACCCAGAAUACUGUGAAGCAGAAUGAACAUUGCCUGAAGAACUUCGACCUCACUGAGUAUCGCCAGAUCCUGAGUGAUCUUUCCAUUCAGAUCUACCAGCAGCUCAUUAAAAUUGCAGAAGGAGUCUUGCAGCCCAUGAUAGUGACGGCGGUGUUAGAAAACGAGAGCAUCCAGGGUCUGUCGGGCGUGAAGCCAAUGGGCUACCGCAAGCGGACCUCCAGCAUGGGGGACAAUGACAACUUCUACACUUUGGAGGCGAUCACCCGCCAGCUGAACACAUUUCACAGCGUCAUGUACGACCAGGGCCUCGACCCCGAGAUCAUCCAGCAGGCUGUGAAACAGCUCUUCUACAUGAUCAAUGCGGUGGCCUUGAACAAUCUGCUGCUGAGGAAGGAUGUGUGCUCGUGGAGCACAGGCAUGCAAGUCAGGUUUAACAUCAGCCAGCUGGAGGAAUGGUUGCGAGGAAAGAAUCUACAACAGAGUGGGGCUGCCAAGACAAUGGAGCCUCUGAUCCAGGCAGCCCAGCUCCUGCAGCUGAAGAAGAAGACCUCAGAAGAUGCGGAGGCCAUAUGUUCCUUAUGCACGGCCCUCACCACACAGCAGAUUGUAAAAAUACUCAAUCUCUACACUCCUGUGAAUGAAUUUGAAGAGCGUGUGACAGUAGCCUUCAUAAGAAACAUUCAGGCAAAUUUGCAAGAGCGGAAUGAACCUCCACAGCUACUGUUAGACUUCAAGUUCAUGUUCCCUGUACUGUUUCCAUUCAACCCUUCUUCUCUAACCAUGGACUCUAUCCACAUCCCUGCGUCUCUCGGCCUGGAAUUCCUCAACAGAGUUUGAAGAUACUAUAUUGACUCCCAGCCAAAUUUCCUGAGCAAAAAAGCAAAAGUGGAAUUUAAGGAUCUCUUCAAAUGUGGACCAAAUGAUGGUUGAUGAACCAAUACACUAUAGUGAAUCAGUGCUAAAUUGUAUAGCAUAAGAAACUAAUCUUGUAUUUUUGGUUGGAUGGUUUUUGGUUUGUAUGGAGGGGAUUUUGGGGGGGGAGGCAGAUUUUGCUGCUAAGAAUACUUGAAACAAGUGGGGGUUUGUACCACUUGAUACCAUGCUAAAAAUAUUCUUUCCCUGCUGCCAUUAAGGCACCAGCAUUGGUAAAUGGAAUAACUAUUUUCAUUUUCUUAGGUUGUGGUUUAGAAAUUCUAUCUCGAAAUAAUAGAAAGGAGCCUUCAUGACCGUGCAUCGUAACGUCGUUCAUGGUUAUGGGGCUCGCUUGCACACACUGAACUUCAAUUUCUGAAUUUGUGCUGCUGCCCUUCAUUUUUAAAAUGAUUGUUUCGGGAAAUAAAGUUGCAGUAGGCCAAACCAAGAA